UUAAUACUGUAUGAACAUCUAAAAAAAAUUGAAGUAAAAUAAUCAUGAAAUCUAGACUAAUAAAAUUAUUGAAAUUGGGACAAAUGAGUUAUGAUCAAUGUCUUAAAUUGCAAAACCAUUUAUCUGAAUCUUUAAAAACUGCUUCCCUAAGUGAAUAUGGUUAUCUAAUUAUUGUCGAACAUGAACCUGUGUAUACAGUUGGCAUUAGGCAACAAAUGUAUGAUUCCAAACUGGAAGACAAUUUGAUUAAACUAGGUGCCGAGUUUAAACGUACUAACCGAGGAGGUCUUAUUACUUUUCACGGACCUGGACAAUUAAUUGCCUAUCCAAUUCUAAAUUUAAAGCACUUUCAACCCAGUAUUCGAUGGUAUGUUUCAAAUCUUGAAACAACUAUUAUAAACCUUUGCAAUGAAAAAUAUGGUCUUAAUGCAACUACUACACAAGAUACUGGAGUAUGGAUAAAUAAUAAUAAGAUCUGUGCCAUAGGUAUCAGGUGUAGUCGAUACAUAACUACUCACGGACUUGCCUUAAACUGUAACACUGACUUAUCUUGGUUCAAUCAUAUUGUACCAUGUGGUCUACCCGGCAAAGGUGUCACUUCUCUUAGUUCUAUUUUUAAUAAAGAUAUUUCUGUUGAAGAUGUAUUACCUUAUUUUUUACAACAUUUUAGUAAAUCAUUUUCAUGCAACAUUGUAGAUACAAAAAUUGAUAGUGUUAUAUAAUUUUUAAGAAUAUUAUUAUUAUGUUAAUAAUUUAUUUGUUUAGAAAUCUUAAUCAAAUUUAUUUAACUGCCAUUUAUUUGUUAUUUUUUA